UUUUGUUGUAGGGGGGGGAAGAAACGUGUGUUGCCUUGGCUGGGGAGUACAGCUGUUAAGAUGUGUGGUAAGGAAACAAGAGACAAUUAGCUCUUAAAGUAACCACAUCCAACGCUCCUCUUCCUUCCUCAGCCUCUCCUCCCGGCAGCCCUUUCCUUCUGAUUCGCUUCCUCCUCUCUGCCUGUGACAGAAACCCCCCCCCAAACUAGUAAACCUAGUAAACCCAGCUCUUUUCCUCCCUCCCUCCCUCCGUCCCUCCCUCCCAGCCGCAAAAUCAACAGGCAACAAGAGAGAAGGGGGAGGAGGCAGUGGGUGCAUUGAGCCGUGAGCUAUGGAUAUUCUGUGCCCCCUGCUCCGGUUUCUUCUGGCUCUCUUGUGGACUGGAGUCGGAGCCCUGAUCAACUUGAAAUACUCCGUGGAGGAAGAGCAGAGAGCCGGCACUGUGAUUGCCAACAUCGCCAAAGAUGCCCGAGAUGCAGGCUUCGUGCUGGAUCCCCGGCAACCGACUGCUUUCCGGGUGAUCUCCAACUCUGCCCCGCACUUGGUGGACAUUAAUCCUGGAUCAGGGUUACUGGUGACUAAGCAGAAGAUUGACCGGGAUCUGUUCUGCAGGCAGAGCCCCAAGUGCGUGAUCUCAUUGGAGGUCAUGUCCAGCUCCAUGGAGAUCUGUGUCAUCAAGCUGGAGAUCAAAGAUCUCAACGACAACGCCCCCAGCUUCCCCACGGACCAGAUUGCCCUGGAGAUCUCGGAGACCGCUAGCCCAGGCACCAGGGUGCCGCUGGAGAGCGCCUACGAUCCGGACUCGGGCAGCUUUGGCGUGCAGAGCUAUGAGAUCACGCCCAACGACCUCUUCGGGUUAGAGACCAAGACGCGGGGAGACGGCUCUCGUUUUGCAGAGCUGGUGGUGGAGAAGAGCUUGGAUCGGGAAACGCAGUCUCAUUACAGUUACAUGAUCACAGCUCUGGAUGGCGGCGACCCACCCAACUUUGGCACGGUGGAGUUGAACAUCAGGGUCAUUGACUCCAAUGACAACAACCCUCUCUUCGAAGAGCCGUCGUACACAGUCAGCGUGCCGGAAAAUGCUCCUCCGGGCACACCGGUGAUCCGCCUGAACGCCACAGACCCUGAUGAGGGAACCAACGGACAAGUGUUGUAUUCCAUCCACAGCUAUGUGUCUGAAAAAGCCAGGGACCUCUUUCAGAUUAACCCCCAGACAGGCCUGAUCAUGGUGACUGGGGCCAUUGACUAUGAGGAAGGUCAUGCCUACGAGCUGGACGUGCAGGCCAAAGAUCUUGGCCCCAACUCUAUUCCUGCUCAUUGCAAGGUGACCGUCACUGUGCAAGACGCUAAUGACAACCCCCCUCUUAUUAACUUGCUCUCUGUGAACAGCGAACUGGUGGAGGUCAGUGAGAAUGCACCACCUGGUUAUGUCAUUGCUCUGGUGAGAGUUUCUGACCGAGACUCUGGUGCCAAUGGCCGGGUGCAGUGCAAGUUGCUGGGCAAUGUGCCCUUCCGCCUGCAAGAAUACGAGAGCUUCUCCACCAUCUUGGUGGACGGACGCUUGGAUAGAGAACAAAGGGACCAAUUCAACCUCACCAUCCAGGCUAAGGACAAUGGGAUCCCCUCUCUUCAAGCCACCAAGUCUUUCACCGUCAAGAUCACGGACGAAAACGACAACCACCCCCACUUCUCCAAACCAUAUUACCAGGUCAUUGUUCAGGAGAACAAUACCCCUGGGGCCUACCUCUUAUCCGUUUCUGCCAGGGAUCCUGACCUAGGCCUCAAUGGCAGCGUCUCCUAUCAGAUCGUGCCAUCCCAAGUCAGAGACAUGCCUGUCUUCACCUAUGUCUCCAUCAAUCCCAACUCGGGUGAUAUCUAUGCCUUGAGGUCCUUCAACCACGAGCAGACCAAGUCUUUUGAGUUCAAGGUGUUGGCCAAAGAUGGAGGCAACCCUUCCUUACAAAGCAAUGCCACCAUCCGAGUCAUUGUCCUGGAUGUCAAUGACAACACCCCGGUGAUCACCGCCCCUCCACUAGUCAAUGGGACUGCAGAGGUGUAUAUCCCUAGGAACGCUGGGGUUGGAUACCUGGUGACCGUAGUCAAGGCAGAUGAUUAUGAUGAAGGGGAAAACGGGAGACUCUCCUAUGAGAUGGCAGAAGGAGACAGAGGAUUUUUCGAGAUAGACCAGGUCAAUGGCGAGAUAAGGACCACAAGAGCAUUUGGGGAGAAUUCAAAGACUACCUAUGAGUUGAUUGUAGUAGCCCAUGACCAUGGGAAAACAUCUCUCUCCGCUUCUGCCUUGAUUUUGAUAUAUCUCUCUCCGGCCCUGGAUGCCCAGGAAUCCAUAGGAUCUGUUAACUUGUCCCUCAUUUUUAUAAUUGCCCUGGGUUCUAUUGCUGCCAUCUUGUUUGUCACCAUGAUCUUCGUAGCAGUCAAGUGUAAGCGGGAUAACAAAGAAAUUAGGACCUACAAUUGCAGAAUUGCAGAGUAUUCCUAUGGGCACCAAAAGAAAUCCAACAAGAAGAAAAAAAUCAGCAAGAAUGACAUCCGUCUGGUACCACGGGAUGUGGAGGAGACGGACAAAAUGAAUGUUGUGAGUUGUUCCUCCCUCACCUCAUCCCUCAACUACUUUGAUUAUCAUCAGCAGACCUUGCCUCUGGGUUGCCGCCGGUCAGAAAGCACCUUUCUCAACGUGGAGAACCAAAACAACAGGAACACGGGGUCCAACCACGUCUACCAUCACACAUUCACCGGUCAGAGUGCCCAGCAGCCAGAUCUCAUCAUCAAUGGGAUGCCACUUUCAGAGGAAAGCAGCCGAGAGGGCAUUGCACACGGAAAGCAGCAGGAGAGAGGCAAGACUGAAAACUACUCAUUCGAUUCCAACUAUGUGAACAGCAGAGCACAUUUGAUAAAAAGCAGUUCGACGUUCAAAGAUUUGGAGGGGAACAGCCUGAAGGACAGCGGGCAUGAAGAGAGUGACCAGACAGAUAGUGAACAUGACGUCCAGCGUGGCUUAUACUGUGACACGGCUGUUAAUGAUGUUUUGAAUACCAGCGUAACCUCCAUGGGGUCUCAGGUGCCUGAACAAGAUCAAGGUGAAGGAUUUCAUUGCCGGGAAGAGUGUCGAAUCCUUGGCCAUUCUGACCGUUGCUGGAUGCCGCGGAACCCUGUCCCCAGUCGAGCGAAAUCCCCCGAACACGGAAGAAACGUCAUGUCCCUCUCUAUAGAAGCCACGACUGUGGAUACAGAGCUUUACGAAGACUGUAGCACAAAGAGGACUUUUGCCACCUUUGGCAAGGAUGGGAAUGAGCCCGCCUCCGAGGAGCGAGGUGGCCCGGUCAACGUGAAAGGUAAAAGAACAGUGGAUUUGCCCAUCUGUAGCCCAAAGGUCAACGGCGCAGUUCGGGAGGCAGGGAACGGCUGCGAAGCUGUCAGUCCCAUCACCUCACCCGUCCACCUGAAGAGUCCCUUGUCGGGGAAGCCAUCAGCCUCCUACAAAAUGCACUGCCCAGCAAGCCGCGACCUGGAGCCGUUUGUAAACAAUGGUCCUUCUCGGCCCACGGAGACGGAGCUGAGGGGGCCAGACAGUGAAAACAUAAUGCAUGAGAUUAACCCUCUUCUGCAAGAAUGUAGAGAGAUAGACUCUCCAGGAAUGAAGAGGCUUAAAGACAUAGUACUCUAAGCAAGGCCUUGGGAAGGGAAGAAAAAAAAAGGAAACCACUGAACCCGGAUGUGUGUGUAUCGUUUUUAACAGCUUACCAAUGGUUCACAAAUCUGCUGUAUUUAAAUGCUUUCCCUAAAUGUAUUGUUUAUACAAAUGAAGCUAUUGUUCAUGUGACAAUCCCACUUGGUUCAACAGGAGGCAGGGGCGUUUGCAAAACUAGCAUUUGGUUUCUUUUCUUUCGCUUCUCGUUUUUCCCGGUGGCAGGGGUGGCGGCAAGGUGGCCGUUCUGUUGAGGGAAGUAUUAUCAACAAGGUAUUUUGCAUUUCUAUAUUUUUGUAGCGCACCAGACCUCUAAAUGAAGAUCUAUUUAAAGAAAAGAAAAAUCUUAAAAAUAAUAAAAUUAAUAAUAUUGGAUCCCACCCUACAGUCCUGUCUAGGGUUAGUGCUAAAGUUUAUUUGAACCUGCCCUUUAAUUUCACCAGUGGGGUUUCUGUUCCUCCUGAUGCAACAGUGAACUGGGCACUGGAUGGUCUCAUUCCACUCCCAACAGCUGUGAUGUAGUUGCAGAAGCCAUAAUAUGUAAGUUGGAGCCUCCCUGGUACAGGAGAAAACUCUGCACGCAACCAUCUCUGUAUGGGCAGCCAAACCCCAGGGAACUGUGAAUUGUGGUGGAUUGCACUCCUGACAUGCCCCUGCACUCAGAGCCCAAUUUCUGCCUUUCAGAUGUUACUCUUUUACAAUGAAUUACCCCUGCCUUCUUUGGAGUCUUUUUGCUGCCACUUGUUUCUCUGUACUCUUAUCGUACUUGGUAUUGCAGAUUCCUGUAUGUCUAGUGAUGGGAAAGGCUUUCAAGCUUAUUGGUCCCCUUGUUUUCAAGUGGCUUUCUACAGACAACAGAGAAACAAUCCGAACAUAAAACUUGGGGAAACUGAAAAUUUUCAUCUUUUCACAGAUCCUUGUCAUAUUGCUAGACAAUUCUCUCUCUCUCUUUCUCUCUCUCUCCGCCCCUGUGUGGAGUUUUUUCCCCAAGUUGUUUAGGGGUUAUUCUAGCAUCUCAUUUGCAAUUGUUAGAUGCACUGUCUUGAAAUUUUUAUGAGGUCGAUUUCUGUUUCUUUUUCUUUCCUUGCAGUCUCAUGGAAUGAUAAAGCAUAAUGUCCCCAAGACACUAUGUAUUGAUUUCAAAGUGUCAAUCUUCCCCAGCCCCCUUCCCGCCACAUAUCUUGAACCCAGAACAAUGGAUUGAUUUCAGUGUGCAGUGCUGUGCCACAGGUAAAACCCUUACCCUGUAAGCAUUCUGUGAUCUUUAAACAUUUCUGUGACAUUUAAAUGGACUUGCCCCUAAUGUCAUCCCAUUUGUUGGUAUGUUGGCAUGCCAAAAAUCACUGGCUCAAGAAUACCACUGGGUAUUCUAAUGCUAUAUGAGAAUUGGCUUGUAGAACAUUGGAAGAUAUGUGGGCUUCCAAGGGGUCUUGGACUACAGUGUCCCACAAACUUUCAUCACUAUGCACGCUGAAUAGGAUGGAUGGUAGCUAUAGCUGAGCAACAUCUAGAAGAACAGCUCUGGGCUAGUUAAUGUGGUACGUCCAUGUCAGUACAGAAACAUGGAAUGCUUGGCUGAAUUCAAGCUUAUCCCGACCUCAAGCGGUAACUACAUGCAGAGAUGGCACAGUGGCUCUUGACAUGGUGGUCCUUGCUCAUGUCUAUUCCAGACCUUCCUGAAUGUACAGUUGCAAGAUGGGUAUACAGGGCUUGUAAAACUAUGAGAAGGAUCUUGGAAUCGUUGUAGAUCACAAGCUGAAUAUAAGCCAACGAUAUGAUGUGGCUACAAAAAAGGCAAACACUAUUUUAGGAUGCAUUAAUAGAAAUAUAGUCUCCUGCGAAGUACUAGUCCUCCUCUGUUUCGCUCUGGUUAGGCCUCAUCUAGAGUAUUAUGUCCAGUUCUGUACACCAUAGUUUAAGAAG